UUGUAAUAGUCAUCUACUUUAUCGACUCGAUUAUGUCAUCUACAUUACCGACCUAAAUAAUUGACAUUUCACCUUCUAAUCUAAGUUUAAGAUUAAAUUUUGUUGAUAAAACGUUAAUAACAAUUAAAAUAAGCACCAUAUUGCAUUCAUUUAAUCAAAAAUGGGCGACUCCAUACCAAUUUCGAACGAAGAGGCUUUAAAAUUAUGCAAAGAACCGGAUCCAACAACGAAGGAAUUUAUUUUCCAACAAACGAUGUUUCGCAUUAAAGAUCCAAAAGUGACUCUUCCGUUUUACACGGAAAUCUUAGGGAUGAGAUUAUUGCAAAAAAUGGAUUUUCCAGAGAUGAAAUUUUCGCUUUAUUUUAUGGGAUUUGAAGAAGCUGAGGAUGUAAUUGGGGAAUUAGGCACGAAAGAGCGUAGCGAAUGGGCUAUUUCUAGGAAGGCUACUUUAGAGCUCACACACAAUUGGGGAACGGAAAAUGAUCCUAAUUUUAAAUAUCAUAACGGAAAUUCCGAUCCAAGGGGUUUUGGUCAUAUUGGAUUGAUGGUCCCAAAUGUUGAAAAAGCUUGCGAACGGUUUGAAAAAAUGGGUGUAAACUUUAUAAAGCGUCCUCAAGAUGGAAAAAUGAAAACGAUUGCUUUCAUCACUGAUCCUGAUGGUUAUUGGAUUGAAAUUUUAAAUAACAAAACUGUUUAAAAAGUAACAAUUGAUUUAAUUAAUAUUUAACAAUAUUAAUGAAAUCUACUUUAUCGACUCAAUGAAGUCAUCUACAUUACCGACUCAAAAUUGACAUUUCACUUUUUAAUCUAAUUUUGAGGUUAUAUUUUGUUGUUUAAACCUUAAUAACAAUUAAAAUA